GGAGUUCUGGUGUACUGCCUGUCUGUGUUCUGUACCUCUCCUUCGGGGAGUUCUGGUGUACUGACUGUCUGUGUUCUGUACCUCUCCUUCGGGGAGUUCUGGUGUACUGACUGUCUGUGUUCUGAGCGUCUGGUCACAGCAUGUGCAGAUGACACACUGCACCUGUGGACCUUCGCCAGGAGACGACCAGCCGUCCUGCACUCGCUCAAAUUCAACAGGGAGAGAGCAACUAAAGCCCAUCCAGGACCCGUAGUCCACCUGAGUGACAGCCCGAAGGAUGAAUGCAAGUUGCUGAUAGGGUUUGAAAGUGGAACAGUAGUGCAGUGGGACCUCCGAGCCAAGAAGGUUGACUUCAGAAUCUACUACGAUGAAGCUAUCCAUUCUGUGAGCUGGCACCAUGAAGGGAAGCAGUUCAUGUGUAGUCACUCAGACGGCAGCCUGACUAUGUGGAACCUGAGGAACACAGCCAGGCCUAUUCAGAUCACAUAUCCUCAUGGGAAGAUACUGAAGGAAGGGAGGAAGGAGUCGUGUAAGCCCAUCCUCAAGGUGGAAUACAAGACCUCCAGAAACAG